AUGGCUACAACUGCCCCCAGCCCCGCACCCGCCACCAUGAGUGUCCUCGCAACCGAAACUCUCAUCCAGAUAUUCGAGCACCUCGAUUGUCCCUGCGAUCUCUUCCACGUCGUGCAAACAUGCACCGUCUUUCAUGACAUCGCCAUCUGGAUGUUGUACCGUCAUAUUCAAUAUAACAACCCCGAAAGCUUUAAUGCCCAUACGGCAUUUUGGGAGCAUGCACACGAUGGGAUGUACGACGUUCCUCGGUCGGUAGCCCUCGACAACGUCCUGAAGCAUUCUAUUCAGGGGGUCUGGAGAAGCGAUAAUUAUCACGAAGAAGACGACGAGGCGCUCCAACUCCAGAUCAACGUAUGGGUCCGGUUGCUUUCCUUCACUUCCCUACACACGCUCUCCAUAUCGCACUGCCUUCUCCCAGACUCGGAGUCCUUCAGUUAUCUACUCCAAGGCUGUCAGAGCCUUCGCAAACCCUCUAUCGAGGCAUGCGUCUUCCAGGAGGAGCCGUUGGAUUUCAACGGGAGUUACGGGAUAUUUCCGUGGCUUCCGUUAGAGGAGUUGUCUCUCUUGGGCGAAAAUACCGUGUACGACCGGCUAUGGGAAGAAGAUACGUCGCGCAGUGACAGGGAAGCCGGUUCCUUUCUCCGCCUUCUUACAGUCCGCUCCAUUCGCACAUUGACCGUCGAUUUGAACGACAGAAAUUGUGCAUUCCUCGCCAACCGCACGCCACACAGUGGUGGUAUCUCCUUUGGCAAUCUCAAGACGCUACGGCUCCGUCUCAUCAACGAUACAGUGGUCGACCCGAGGAUGGGCAACGACAUCGCUGCUUUCCUGAAUACGCAAUGUGCUUCUGUCAAUGCACUCGAGCUCCUUGGCUUCGCCGAGCUCACAUCCGAUGAUGUGCGGUUGCGACCUGGGGCGCUGAGUCAUUUGGCGAAUUACAAGGGUCCAGCUGCUAUAGCUCCCGGCAUCGCCGCAACAGGAUGUCCGUUGAAGCACCUAGGGACCAACGAUCCGACACUUAGCAUAUCGCAAGCGUCGAGCGUGUUGGGAAAGGUUGGCAGCCAUAGGCCGCAGUUGAUGUUGCUGGACAUCACGAUCCAGGAAUGGGAUACGGAAAUUCUGUACGCGAUUUCGCAUCUUUUCCGACGCGUCAGAGAGGUGAAGAUCAAGUAUCAUAAAGGGUACCCCGAUGAGUCCGCUAUCCUGAGCAUGCCAUCUAUGUUCUUCAGCAACAUGAGCAACAUGACGACGCUGCAUAUCUAUAACCCGCAAUCCAUUCAUUCCCUGAUAUCCCACAGAGGAUAUAACGCGCUCGACGUCGAUUUUUAUCACAUGAGCUGGCCGGCAGAGCUAGGCCCAUCAGCGUCAGAAGAGGUGCUGGAGCUGAUGGCGGGGUGGAUUAAGGCGUGCCCUACGUUGACGGAGGUGAAGUGGAAAAAUGAGAGAUUGUUAAGCCGAAAGUCGACAAGGAAGGAGGAUAAGUAG